AUGAUAUUAAAUGAAGGAGAGAUAAAUGAUUAUUCAUCACCUAAAAUGGAUUAUUCUAAUAUUAAACGAUAUCAUACAAAUUUAAUAUCAUCUGAAUUCGAUAAUAGAUAUAAUGAACCACAACAACUUCGUCAUCAUUAUCAUCAUCAUCAUCAUCAACAAUUAACUAAUUUAAUAAAAACUGAGACAUGUUCCAGUGAGUUUAUUAUUCCACAAGAUAAUUCAGAUUCUAGUGAUUUAGAAAAUAAAGGAAGUGUAACAAUCCUAACAGUCCGGUCUAAUAGAAGGACCCCUAGUCGGUAUGGUGAACAGAAUAAAUGUCACUCAAAACUUCCGAAGUGGAUUUCUUUGCCAGAUCUUGAAACCCAUGAGCUGAGUGAACCAGAAUUGAUGUCACCAGAAAUCAGAAUAAUUACUGUACGUACUCACCAGAAUCACGAAAACAGAGGUCAUCAAAAUAACUAUGUUGAUAUUGCAGACACCAACAUUAAUAAUACUACAAAUAGUCAUAAUAAUUAUUAUGAUAACAUGGACAAUCAUACCUAUAUUUCCGAAUCAAGUACACAAGAAAUAGAACUAGCGCAAGAAAGACAAACAGAACAACCAGUACCUAUCAACGAUAGAACAUCAAAACUUACAAAUAACCAAUUAUUUGAACAUUUAAGUAAAUUAAAAGACAAAGUUGAUAUUAAAAUAAGAAUACAUGAUGAUCCUACAGGAUUACUCAAAGAUUUAGAUAAGGCUAUUACAAACCUUGUUACACAAUUAGAGAACAAUUCAUGUUGGUUUAAUGAACUUUACGUUUCAAAUAAAGCUCAGAAUCCGAAGUCUAUUAUUUCUUCACCAGUAAAACAAAUGGAGAAAAAUAUUGACGAAAAAAACACUCUAAAAUCCUUAUGGGAAUCAUUGGCGUUUUUAGAUGAACCAGAAAAAUCGUUUGAUGGUUAUAUUGAAGACGGAUCAACAUCAUCUAUAUCAGGUUCUUCCCAUUCAAUUAUCAAAACUACGGGUUGGAUGCAAUUAGAUUUAGCAUUGAUAUGGCAUUUAAACUAUACCAUACGUUUACUUGACAAAGUGUAUCCUGAUCACUUGUAUGUAAGCAGCUCACAAACAUUAUUAUCAGCUCAGUCGUCUGUUUCUGAUGUUUCUGACAAAACAAUAAACAACUAUACACACAAUGGAUCAUUGAGUUCAGUGAGUAACUCAGUUCAUUCAGCUUGGUCUACCUUGCCUUUAUUAGAGCAGGUAGAAUUCUUUAAUGAAGUUGAGAGCCUCUGUCAGGGAAUUGUUGAUGAUCUACAAACAGUUGAAUCUAACUAUUUAUUGAAAGUUUGUGGGGAUGGAAAACCAUACUCUACUUUAAGGUUUACAUGUUUUCUUUCGAAGUUAAUUUGGCCUGUAGAAAAUAAUAACACUGUAACUUUGUCAGAUGAUUUAUCUUCACCACAAAUCAUUUUUGAUCGUGAUACAUUUCGUGAAACUUUACUAAGAUUUUAUGAAAAGGAUGUGGUUCCUAGAUGGUCAAAAGAUAUGGCUAACGGAGUAAUCGACCAUUUUAUAGAAGAUGUGUUGGACCUUCAAGUGAAUGGUUCUGAAUUAUCUACUAUUCCCCUGACCCAUUUAAAUUUACGUCUAAAACUUUCUGAAAGAAUGGAAUCCACUGUUUUAUCAAAUCGUUUAUCAGAUCAGCAUAAUCGAGAUCAAUUAAAACAGUUUAAUGUUUAUUUUAUACAACUACUUUCUUAUUUAGCUGGACAAUUAUAUAUUCAGUGGAAUCUAGAAAAUGCUUAUUCCUCCCGUACCUUGUCUACCCUACCUUAUUUCACGAGAGCAUUACAACCAAUAUUUGGAUUAAAUGUUCUAUUAAGUGAUGUAGGAGUAGAUCCAAGUUAUCUAGAACAAAUAGAAUAUGGUUUAGAUAUGAGAAGUACAGAAUUAGCUGCUUGUCAUUCCACUCAGACGUGGUUACGAGUUGCUGAACUAGUAGGAAAUCAUGAUGAAGAGAUUAAUAAGAAAGCAAUUAUGUUGUUAAAAUCAAUGAAUGAAAAGAUAUAUAAAGUUUUUCAACACAUAACAAAUUUAAAACAAAAGUUACACUUAUCAAAUGAUGUACAAAUGCUUCAGGGAACAAAUAAUCAUAUUAAUGAUUGUCAUCAAUUAAUCCAAAAGAAUAGUAGAAAUACAGUUCGACGCCCUAUUUUUUAUUUAAUGGGACCACCUAUUCAUAUUCAAUAUUGUCUGAAUAAAAAUUGCAUUAAACAAAAUUUAAAUUCAUUAUCACCAAUAUGGAUUAGUAUGAUAUGGGGUUUAGAACAAAAAUCUAAUAUUAAAAGAAUAGCUGCAUUAAAAGCGUUAACUGUACUCAUAGAAUCACAGAUAAACGAAACAAUAAAAACAACACAAAAUAAUAAUGCAAAUAAUAAAAAUUGUAAACUAUGUGGAAAUACAAAUGAUUCAAUUACAAAUUCAACAUUAUUACAACUUUUAAAUAAUAUGCAUUCAAACGAUUCGGAUCCAUUGGUGAAGAAUCUAGCUGGACAAAUUAUUGACAGAAUUACUACAAGAUCUAAUACUGAAUCACACAAUGAACAAAUAACUAAACCUACUCGUCUCCUGAAAACAAUAUGGACUAAAUUCAGUACUGCAGAAAAUUUACCCUCCAAACCGUCAUAUAUCUUUCAACGAUAA